UAAUAAUAUAAUAAUAAUAAUAAUAAUGUGUUUGGUGAUGAUUUUACUUUUAACGUCAAAUACAGAGCAAUGCUAUGAGUUCGAUUUGAACAGACCAUUGUUUCUAUUGCGAGGUCCAGCAUGCCUUCACUGCGACACCUGGUGGCGAAGUUUAAUUACUCAGUUUCAUUCAACCACAUUUGUAUUGGAGGCACUUAUCAUCCAAUGAUAAAAGCUAAAUUAAAUAACAUGUUCCUGUCUUGGUAUUAUACAUGGUAUUAAAAUGUUGUUGUUUUUAUUAUUAUUAUUAUUAUUAUUUUUUUUAUCCAAGGCAUGUUAUUUUAAAACAACGUUCCUUUUUUAUACAGCCAAAUAUACAUAUUAUUUAUUGUUGUUAUUGUUGUUUAAAUUGUCAGAAGUGAUUGAAUCAUUUCCUUUGUCGCAUUUGCGACAGUUAAAUACAUUAUGUAAGGCUUGAAAUAUGCAGAAAAUGCAGUGUAAAUCAGCAUCGACCUCCUGCAAUUCAGGCGUUCAGUCUUUCUCCUUGCAGGCAGUCUACUCUUUUAGAGAUUCUGUAACAGCUAUUGGAGGAAAUGCGUGGCGCUGUCCACCAAUAAGGUGCUGGAUUCUGUUCAGCGAUCAACUCCCCCGCCCCUUGCAAAGCAGCGUAAUCCCUCAGUGCUUGGAAUUACAUGUGAGACGAGAUGGAUUUCUGUUUUCCUUUUUGUAUUUUAUUUUUCCAAAAUCAGCGCGUUAUAGUGUAUUUUUAACGAGUAAUGGCUGUUUUCUGCGAAUUAGUGUUCUUACUGCUGGCAGUGGCUGCUUGACAAGACCCCAUGAAUUUAUAAAUACAUGUUUAGCUGCAUAUUUGGUCUGACGAACUGGAUUUUUUUUUUUUUCGACAAUGGAAAGCAGAAAAAGGAAACGAGCUUUUCACUGGCAAGUAUUGUGUUUCUGUGUUUCCUGUCAUUGGAUUUGUGCUUACGGACAGCUUAAAUAUUCCGUCCCAGAAGAAUUAAACACGGGUGCUUUUGUUGGAAAUAUUGCAAAAGAUUUAGGACUGGAUGUAGCAAAGAUUUCUGAACGCAACCUGCGAGUUGUCUCUGAUUCCAGUGUGCAGUAUUUCGAGGUGAGCUCGGAGAGCGGAGCUUUGGUUAUUAAAGAUAAAAUAGACCGAGAACGGAUAUGUGGGUUAAGCUUAACCUGUUCCCUGCACCUUCAGUUCGUGCUUCAAAACCCUUUGGAAUCGUACCGAGUUGAAGUGCAGAUACUGGAUGUGAAUGACAACGCACCUCAAUUCCCAACCAAAAAUAUAUCGUUGGAGAUUUCAGAAGCUGCUACACCUGGAACAAAAUUUCACCUUGAGCGCGCACAGGAUCCAGAUGUGGGCUCCAAUUCUUUACGCACUUAUGUUCUGAGCCCUAAUGACUGUUUUAUUUCAAACGUGGAGACAAAAAGUGAUGGCAGUAAAUGUCCUGAACUGGUGCUAGAGAAAGCUCUUGACAGGGAAAAGCAAUCUGUGUAUAAUCUACUUCUUACUGCAUUUGAUGGAGGAACACCUCAGAAAUCUGGGAUUACUAAUGUAAUUAUCAAAAUACUUGACGUAAAUGAUAAUGCACCAGUCUUUGAUAAGGCAGUUGAAAAGGUAACGCUACUUGAAAACUCGUCAACUGGUACAAUAGUCGCAAAACUAAAUGCAUCUGAUAUGGAUUAUGGGCUGAAUGGUGAAAUAUUCUAUUUAUUUAGCAAGUACACGUCAGAAACAGUUCGCCAGCUGUUCAGUGUGGACCCCAGAACUGGUGAAAUCACAGUAAAUGGUGUCAUAGAUUUUGAGGACGGCAAUGUUUAUGAUAUUAACAUACAAGCCAGAGAUAAAGGAAUCCCUGCUUUGGAAGGAUCUUGUAACAUUAAAGUGGAAGUGAUUGAUGUGAAUGAUAAUGCUCCAGAGGUGACAAUAACAUCCCUGUCCAGUCCUGUUGUGGAGAAUGCUUUACCUGGAACUGUAAUUGCGCUCAUUAGUGUAAGGGAUCGGGACUCAGGGCAAAAUGGGGAGGUGCUUAUGCAGAUACCUGAAAGCAUGCCAUUUAAAUUACAGUCUUCCUUUCAGGGCCACUACUCCUUGAUAACUGAUGGUCCCCUGGAUCGUGAAACAGUUCCUGAAUACAACAUCACAGUCACAGCCACUGAUUCGGGUUCCCCUCCACUAUCCUCUAGUAUAAUCCUGCCUGUCAGUAUUUCAGAUGUCAAUGACAAUGCUCCAGUGUUUUCUCAACCUUCAUAUACAGUCCACAUACAAGAAAACAAUGCCCCCGGAGCCACUAUUUGUUCUGUAACAGCAUUUGAUGCUGAUGUGGGCAAAAACUCCCAGCUUUCCUAUUCUGUCUUGGACAGCACAAUCCAAGGAACAUCUGUGUCCUCUUAUGUGUACAUUAACUCGGAGAAUGGGAACAUUUACUCUAUGCGCUCCUUUGACUACGAGCAGAUUAAAGUUUUCCAAAUCCAUGUGCAGGUAAAAGAUGCUGGCAUACCUUCACUGAGCUCUAACGUGACAGUGCAUGUAUUUGUCUUGGACCUAAAUGACAAUGCCCCUGCAGUGGUUUAUCCAUCUUUCCCGAAAGGCUCAGCUCUGCAGCUUACAGUCCCUCGCUCUGCUGAGGCAGGCUACCUUAUAACCAAGAUAGUAGCUGUUGAUCCUGACAGUGGCCAUAAUGCAUGGCUUUCCUACAGCAUUCCACAAAGCAAAGACACUGGCCUGUUCCGUGUGGCGACUUACACUGGGGAAAUAAGGACUGUGCGUAAAUUACAAGAUCUGGACGAGGCCAUUCAGAAUCUUGUCAUUGUAGUGAAAGACAAUGGGGUGCCCCCACUAUCUUCCUCCGUGCUUAUCGACAUAGCUGUAGAAGAAAAUGGCUCAGAGACUUCUUCUGAAUUCAGGGACACAUCUGCAAAGCAAAACGGCAUGUCUGCUAUAACCCUGUAUUUAAUAAUCGCUCUAGCUUCCGUCUCUGCUAUUUCAUUCCUGGCGUUCAUAAUCCUCAUUGUGAAGUGCCUGAGACAGAGCGGAGGCCACAGUGGUUGUUUGGGCUGCUGUUGCAGUAGCAAGCAGAGCCUGCGUUCCAGGGAAGCUUUUCAAAGAUCCCAGAAAAGCCUUCAUUUGCAACUCAACCCUGACGGGCCAAUCAAAUACGUGGAAGUGGUUGGGGGUUCGAUGGAGUCCCAGAAUCAAUACUAUAGGUCGUGUCUCUCUCCGGUGUCUGACAGAAGUGACUUAAUGUUCAUCCAAACUUGUAGCCCAUCUACACCCAUGGGUAAUACCAACACCAUUGACAUGUCUCUGUCUAGCAGUAACUUAAUUAAUACAGCCUGCGAGCAAAAACCAGCAAAUACUGACUGGCGUUUCUCCCAAGGACAGAGACCUGGACCAAGCGGCUCUCAGCGCCCAGAGGAAGCUGGACCCUGGCCAAACCCCCCGACUGAAGCAGAGCAACUGCAGGCUUUGAUGGCUGCAGCUAAUGAGGUGAGUGCAGCGACAGCAACGCUUGAUGCUGGCACCAUGGGCCUGAGCACCCGGUACAGUCCUCAGUUCACCCUGCAGCAUGUCCCAGACUACAGGCAGAAUGUCUACAUCCCGGGCAGCACCUCCACACUGACAGGCAGCAACUCCCAGGCAGAGGGGAAGAACCCCCAGCCAUCCUCCGGAAACAAGAAGAAAUCUGGGAAAAAAGAGAAGAAGUAACGGAGUUCACCGUAGAGCUCGCUGGCUGUGAACGAUCUCUUCCAGUUCACCGUCUCCCAAAGUGAUACAUUCUGUUUUUGUUUUAUUUUGUUUUUUUUACUGUUAACUCAGAUUGUUAGCAGCUUCAGUUGUUAUUAAUGACUUUGAUCAUGAAUGUGUUUGUCACAAUUUUUUGUUUGUAUUGGAGUUCCUAUAGUGUGACUACGUUGUUAUUGAAAUAUAACACAAAAGUUCAACGUAGAGGUAUUGUUCCUUAAGAUUAAUAAGGUUUAAAAAGAAAACAAAAGAAAAGAAAAAGGUUUAUGGUUUGAUCCGUUCGAUGAAUCCUGUUGGGUUUUAAAGUUUAAUUGUAAAAUACAAAUGGGGACUUCAGGGCUUUGCCCUAUAAUAUAGUACUAGUAUGACUAUUACUGAUUUACUUAAUGUGUCACAUUAAAGUUUGUGUAGGACUCUUAAAAAUGCUAAGUAAUUGAUUAAUGGGGAAAGAUGCAGAAAUGGCUAAUUUGAAUUAAAGUAGUUUUUUUUUUAGAAGAGUAUCAUAAUUGUGAAUUUUUCAGUAGCUGUUAGUUAUAAUGUAGACUGUAUUUGCAUGAUGUGUUUCUUAUCUAAAGAAACAAAAAGACAAAGUUAAACUAUGCAUUGAAUGAACAAUACAGUGUUAGACUGGCACGCGGUGAACUAAACACACUGUUAGCAAAAGUAAAAGUGCAAGUUACUUUAUAAAUGGUAACAUUAGUGUAUAACCAAAAUAAUCUCAGUUUCAAUAAUACAGUUAGUAUAAGAGAAAUCCUGUUUUGAAUUUAAAGUCUGUGUGACUUCUAACUUGGCUUCCGCAUUUCAAGGUGCUCCCAAACUAGGCAGAGUGCAGAUGUCAGUUCUUGUGUUAAAUGUACUAAUCCAUUGGGAGUUUAGAUGCCUGCUAAGCACUGAUAAAACAAUGAGGACCUGCCAGCAAGCAUCCUUGAGAAUAUGGCCUUGCUGACCUCAAAAAUGAAGAAAUGUAAGGCUUUGCAUUUCCCACACACUAUAUUGCUUGCAUGAAACUCCCAUCACUUUUGUGAUACUCUGUAACAAUGCUUCGCUUCACGAAAUCUUUGCUAUGCAUUGCAUGUGAAAAAUAAAAAAAUAAACUGCAUGCGAAGGUAUAUAGGCAAGUAGAAACAGCAGGAGCCUCCUGGCUUGGUUUCAGUACAUAGUGGGAGGGGGGGGUUGUUAAAGUAUUCUUGAAAAUAGAAGGAAUCGGGUAAAGAUUUGGUAAUCAGGCACUGCACGCUGAAUGUAGAUUAUUUUCACAGGUGAAAGGGUAUUCUCAGUUUAGUGCAGAUACAGAAAGUGUACUAGUGAAGCUAUCGCCGUAUUGAGUACAGCAUCAGUGUUAUCUCUUAGAACAGUCUUCAUGCAUAUUGGCUUUGGGGCUGUUGACGUCUGUUUACAAAAUCAGCAAGUUGGAUAAAGUCACUGAACACUGACUGUAUAUUCGGAUCUGGCCAAUACAGAAUCGACUCCUGGUCUACCAGGUUAUAUGAGAGCACUGUACAGAAGCUGAGAGGCCAUAUAUAUUUACUGGCAACUGGAUAUUGACAAGACGCUUAUUGAUACUGAGACACUAGUUUCUGUGUUUUUGACUGUUGGUUUUGACCUGGACAUUGCAUAUAAACUUACUAAUGAUAUUUAUAGAACCAAUAUGUUUGAUUUGGGGUAAUUGGAUGUUAAUUUCUUUAAAAAAAAUAUAAAAAUAAAAAUAAAGUAUUAUAAUUUGCUGCUCCUAACAUACAUGCCCAAUGUGUAUAUGACCAAAACCUGUAACGCUUCAGAGAAAAAGCCCCCCCCCCCCCCCCCCCCCCAUGGUUGUGGCUACUACUGGAAUGUUUUGCAUAUUAUUAUUAUUAUUUUUUUUUUUUAAGUUUAAAUAUUUCAUCUGAGCAAGUGUAGUCAUGUAGCAUCUGAUCAUUUAAAAUCACUAAAUUAAAUAAUAAUACAAAAACACAGUAGAGUAGAAAGUAGUUUGUGAAAGUGAUGUGCAAAUCUUAGUGUUUUCUCUAUUUUAUCAACAAGUACUAAAAAAAAAAAAUGUUUGUGUUUCUAUACAUCUGUAACUUUUUAUAUGUGUUUGUGAUUUAUAAGUGUUUGUGCUGCUGGAAUGCUCCUGUCUUAUAUAUAAAUAAAUAUAUAUGUGUCUGCUGAUGAAUUUUGCUUAUAUAUUAUACUUAAAUAUCUUUCUUAUAAGCGCAUAGUUCAGUGCUAUUCUGUGUUACACACAUAUUUUAUAUGCUGAUAUUUAUAUUGCUGUUUUAUUUUCUCUUUGAACACAGACAUUUAAAAUAAAAAAAAAAACUCCUGAAAUCAUCGUAUAGUCUCAGAUUGGUAUUUAUUUUGAUCCUUUCCUGGUUAAACUUCUGAAAUGGAGUACUGCUUUUGCACACAAAUUUAAAUGGGGGUGUUUUAGGGUGUAAAGAUGCUGCAAUGGCUACUGGUUCUUGUAAAGUACUUGUAAAAGUAAAAGCAUUUUAGAAUGUUUAUUUUAAGAUUAUUGAGAGUACAUUUUUUUUGUCAUUACCUAUCCAGACGCCUCUCCUAAAAAAAAUACAAUAUAUUUAUUUCCUUUUAACUCCCAGAAGCCAUGGCAACUCCUCCAUGUUGGAUCAAUCCUUCUAAACAAUCACUUGUGACCUCCGCAGAUUGAAAUGUGAGCCUAUAUUAAUUGCAGCAAACAAAUACCACUAAAAAGUGAAAUUCACGUUUCCCAUAAUGUGUGCAUGUUUCAUAUAGAGAAAUCUGAGACCUCUGAAUUGGUGGUAAUAAAAAUGGGUAAGAUUUACUGUUACCUUCAGUUUGUGGUGGCAAUCCUAAUGGAAAUUUGAAUCAUUUCCAGGUUACUUGUACAUACUCCAGAAGCAUUUAAGAGUAUAGAGUGGCAUAGGAUACUUAAUUUAAGAAAAUAGCCAGCUGUUCCCAUCUGUUUUUCAGCAAAAAGCCAUCAGAAGCAUUAUGUUUGCAGCUAAUCUAGCUAUGUAGACUGGUUGCUAAACCUUAUAAAGACGAGCUGGUAUUGUGAAAUUCUGUGAAAAGCAUAAAGCCUGUGUCUGCCUAAACUAAUUACAAUUAAAACAGUUUUCUUCAAAACAACCUGUGUAUUUCUAAGUUGUGUUGAGUUAUUUCUAUAAGCAUAACCCAUUUUCAUCAAGAGCUAAUUGAAACAAAGCAGGGACUGUGUUUGCUGAAUUUUCACAUCAUAAUGCUGGGCACACAGCACAUGAUUUAGUUCAUGCCUGUAAAAGCAUUCAGUUCAUGCUUGUAAAUCCAUACCAUACUAAAUUGGAGGUGACCUAUUUUUUUACUGCUUUAAUCUCUAACAUUAUCAAGGAAAAAGCAUUGUGUCGUGUAAUAUUAAAAGUCAAAGAGAAAUAGGCUACUGGAGCCUGAGAAAAAAAAAUACUGACAAAAUAUACUGGAAAAGACAAAAGGGGUUCAAUCUCGGUUUCAUGUAAUUUAAAAUCCCCCUGAAUAGAUCAAACAUAUUUGGGUCAAUUCAAUUGAUCCAAACAGUGACAGAUAUAAAUACUGCUAUAUUAUUCAGAAAAUGAAAAAGGGUCCAUUGGCUAUCACAGCUCUGAAAACCAAAGCAUGUUACACUCUCUGGUGUAUUUAAACAGUAUUCAGAUCUAUCAUGGUUUAGAUCAACUGAACAGAGCCCCUUGUCUGGUUCCUUUUCAUAUGUACAGGGUUAUAGGAUGGGGUGGUUCUUUACCCUUGUGUUCCUUAUAAAAGCUCCCUGCUGCAUGUCAUGGCAAUACAAAGUUAGUAAAGCACUGACACACAUGUCAAACCAUAGUAAAAACAAUGGUGAAUCCUAGGGAAACACCGUAAAUGCACAAGGAAAAAUGACAAUGUGUUUGACUCUUAAGGGCUGUCAGUUGGGGAUUCAGCAGCAUUGAACUACAUGGUUCUUUUAUGCUCAAACAGAGCUAUGGCGCUCAUAGCCAGGAGAGCAUUUGUUUUCCUACCCAAGAAAGAAUUCAUCCUAACCUCUGAACAGCUGGCCAGGAUAUUCAAUAAAUAUGUGCCCAUAGGCUAAACCAGUCCCAUGCAGGGAUCAAAAAGACCCAUGGAGUCCUCCCACUCCAAAGGCACCUACACUAAUCACUACAUCAUUUGAAUUUUUUUAACCUCCCUCAAAUUAUAUAUAAUCUCAACCCCUGGGGUCAAAUCUAAUGGCUCUCUAUAAGGCAGCAGUAAGAUACAUUUUUGCACCUCAGUGCAGCAGUGUGGAGUAGUGGUUAGGGCUCUGGACUCUUGAACGAAGGGUUGUGGGUUCAAUCCCCAGUGGGAGACACUGCUGUUGUACCCUUGAGCAAGGUACUUUACCUAGAUUGCUCCAGUAAAAACCCAACUGUAUAAAUGGGUAAUUGUAUGUAAAAUAAUGUGAUAUCUGUAUAAUGUAAAAUACUGUAUAAUGUGAUAUCUUGUAACAAUUGUAAGUCACCCUGGAUAAGGGCGUCUGCUAAGAAAUAAAUAAUAAUAAUUA